UCAUGUAAGUGGCAGUAAAGACGACAGAUCCCUGCCUGGUCAAGGGGCGCGGUGCACCACCGAACCCCUGCGGCUCAAGUGUUUCCUGACUGCUCCAGGUGCAACAAGAGCCGUGUGGGCAUGCCAUGGGUUUUGGCCUUCCCUUCCCCCAUGCGUUCGUCCUACCUGACAGACGGCCAACAAAUGCGUUGCGGCAUACCACUCUCCGGCGAGAACCACUGUCAACAGGACGGCCAUCAUGCCCAUUAUCGGGCGAUGCUUCACAGGCAGAUCUGUUCCAGGGAUGCAGGAGAGCGUCCGUGCCCGCCGUCACCGGGCCUUGCCCCUGACAGUGGCUUGGCCCUCUCUCCCUCUCUCUGCACACUAGGCUGGUCCACACUACACAGAGGCUCGGCAGGCCGCACCAGACUACCAGCUAUGCCUGGACUGACGUGCAUGUUCCAUGUCUGGGCUCCCGUGUCAGUGGUCUCACCUCAAUGCGAGGCCCGCAAGGGUAUCACCCGCCUCAGACACUCCGUCCAAACAACUGGGGGGGGGGUCCUUUCAUACGGACGGCCUCAGAUGCCUGGCCGCCCGUCCGUGCAACAGAGCCAGGCCAAUAUAUGUCUCCGGGCCCCGGGCUUACAAGUCGUGAUUGCUACGAUCCUUCUUCUCUCCCAUCCAGCCAGCAAGUUUCCACACAGUCACUCGAUUAGGUCUUCCUACAUCUCACUUUCCAACCCGGAACCAACCAUCACUCCUACCAGUGUCACUCACUUACACAACACAACUUGACUGCACCGCAGAGCACAGGCUGAGCCGUCUCUCGCACCAACAACAACAAACCAACUACGCAAAUCUUAUUUUUAAUAAUCAUCAUCCUGCCCUUCUCCUCCUACUCCCAGUCUCCAAACCGCAAACAUGCAGACCUCGCGCUUCCAGACCAUCCGCGCCCACUUCUCCACGGCCGGAGUCCGCUCCUCGUUCCGCCGCCACUCUUCGUCGUCCUCGCGCAGCUCCAGAACCUCGUU